AUGGCUAGCUUGGCACUGGGAACCAUUCUUGCUGUUCUGGCCUCGCUCAUCAUCACUGCCAAUGUACUGGUGGCCAUCGUCCUUCUUCGCCUUAUCCAGAAGAGUGGCUACAAGGGACACUAUUUUGUCCUUAAUCUCGCUGUCGCAGAUGCCAUGGUUGGCUUCACGGUCAUGGGUCUGGUCAUGGAUGAGUUUUCCAAGCUCUUUUAUCCACCCCAGAUCUUCUGUGUCCUGCGAAUGGCUUUUGUGACUUCCUCUUCUGCUGCUUCUAUCCUAUCCUUGACUCUAGUUGCGUGUGACAGGCACUUGGCAAUCAGAAAGCCUUUCCACUAUUUCCAGUUCGUCACGGGCUUGCGGGUUGGGGUGCAGCUGGUGGGGCUCUGGCUGCUUGCCGCUAUCAUUGGCUUUCUCCCAGUGUUUGCCCCAGUCUUUCAGAAGAUCUCUGCUCAGGAAAAGUGUUCCUUCUUUGGAGUCUUUCACCCCACCUACAUGCUCACUGUGUCCUGCAUCGGCUUCUUUCCAGCACUGUUUCUCUUCAUUUACCUCUACUGUGACAUGUUGAAAAUUGCCUCUGUGCAUGUGCAGCAUAUCCGUGAAGUAGAACACGCAGGGCUGGCUGGGAGCUGCCCCCCACCCCACACCACUAGUGACAUGAAGGCCUUGCGCACCGUGGCUAUCCUCAUCGGGUGCUUCGCACUGUCCUGGUUGCCGUUCUUCAUCGCCAGCAUCGUGCAAACUGUGUGUACCGAGUGCUUCCCCUACAAAGUCAUUGAGAGCUACCUCUGGCUUCUGGGACUGUGCAACUCCCUCCUGAACCCCCUGCUCUACUCCUGCUGGCAGAAGGAUGUGCGGCUGCAGUUCUCCCAGCUAGCUGCCAGUUUAAAGAGGAGAGUCCUCCUUCACUUGGGCAAUCGCCACCGUUUCCCCGGCAGAGGCACCAAAUCCCUUCCUACUGUGUCCUGCUUGCGGCUCCAGGACUGA